AUGAAGAACGCCGGGGGAGUGGGAGUCGUAGCAUUCGCGGCUGCAGUAGUUGCCACUGCCACGCUGCUGCCGCCGUUCGGCGCCGCGGCGACACCGGGCAGCAGCAGCAGCUGCACCAGGACCUGCGGGAACAUCAGCAUCCCGUACCCGUUCGGCGUGGAGCCCGGCUGCUACCACGCCGCCGGCUUCAACCUCUCCUGCAGGUACGGGGAGAGGGAGGGCUCACCGGACCUACUAUUCCUCGGCGACGGCACCGUGCAAUUGCUCGAGAUCUCGGUGCCACGCAGCACGGUGAGGAUCAACAGCACCGGCCUGGUGCUCCGUCCAGAUCGCAGUCCUAAGGGGCUCCCGGCCACCCUAGACUGGAUAAUUGUUAACAACUCGCCGUGUCCAACAAAUGUGUCCGCCCCCGAAUGUCGCAGCAACCACAGCAGCUGCCAAAGCUCCCAUGGUGGGUAUCGGUGUCAAUGCUCAGAUGGUUAUCAAGGCAAUCCUUAUGUUUCAGGUGGAUGCCAAGAUAUCGAUGAAUGCGAAUCUCCAGACAUUUACGUUUGCUAUGGUGAUUGCAAGAACACACAAGGAAGUUUUGUGUGCCAAUGCCCUAAUGGCUAUACGGGCAACGCUUCAAUGCCAAAUGGAUGCAGAGACAUAGACGAGUGUGAGAACCCGGAAGCACACUCCUGCUGUGGAAUCUGCAAAAAUUUACCAGGAAGUUUCGGUUGUCUAUGUCAUGAUGGAACCUAUGGGAAUCCUUUCACAAAAGGUGGAUGCAUCACAAUCAAGAAAUCCUUUACAGGUUUAAGCAUUGGGCUAGGAGUAGGUGGUGGUACAAGUCUUCUGCUUCUAGCACUUGGUGGUCCCAUCAUAAUGCGUAGAAUAAAACAACGGAAGGUGAAGAAGAUGAGACACAAAUUUUUCAAAGAAAAUCAUGGCUUACUAUUGCAGCAGUUAAUAUCACGAAACACAGACAUUGGUCAACGGAUGAUAAUUACCUUAAGGGAUCUAGAAAAGGCUACAGAUAAUUUUGAUAGAGCUCGUAUAGUUGGUGGUGGAGGACAUGGAGACGUGUUUAAAGGUAUUCUAGAUCUGCAAGUUGUGGCAAUCAAGAAAUCAAAGAUAGUAGUUCAAAGAGAAAUCAAUGAUUUCAUAAAUGAAGUUGCAGUUCUUUCUCAAGUGAAUCAUAGAAAUGUGGUGAAGCUCUUGGGAUGUUGCCUUGAGUCAAAAGUCCCUUUGCUAGUUUAUGAGUUCAUUUCAAAUGGAACCCUUUAUAACCAUCUUCACGUUGAAGGACCAAGAUCGCUAUCAUGGGAAGACCGGAUGAGGAUUGCAACAGAAGUCGCCAAAGCACUAUCAUAUCUACAUUCAUCUGCUUCAAUGCCAAUAUUUCACAGAGAUGUCAAAUCCUCCAACAUACUUCUUGAUGGUGCUUUAACUGCAAAGGUAUCGGACUUUGGAGCUUCUAGAUAUAUCCCGAUUGAUCAGACAGGAGUGGUUAUAGCAGUUCAAGGAACAUUUGGCUACUUAGAUCUGAUGUACUACUACAUAGGCCGGCUAACAGACAAAAGUGAUGUUUUCAGUUUUGGUGUUGUUCUUGUAGAACUACUUACUCGAAAGAAACCAAAUAACUAUCACUCUAUUGAUGGUGGUAGUCUUGUUUCACAUUUUGUCUCACUUCUAGUAGAAGGAAAAGUAGAUGACAUAAUAGAUCCUCAAGUCUUGGAGGAGGAGAAGGAUAGAGAAGUCCAAGAAGUGGCCACACUAGCAUCAAUAUGUACAAAAUUGAAGGGAGAAGACAGGCCUACAAUGAGGGAAGUGGAGAUGACACUCCAAAAUUUUCUUGUUAAAAGGAGCCAGGUUGCAAAUACCCAAAGUAGUCAUGAUGCGGAUAAUACUAUGGCUCACUACAUGUCAACUGAACGAGCUAAUAACCAAGCAAGUAGGCAAUACACCAUGAAAGAGAACAUGUUGUUGUCAGCGAGCUUUCCACGAUGA